AUGCAGUCGUUACGAGUUCUACCAAGGCUACCGACCUCCCACAUCGGUCUACGAUCAAUACGGGCGUGCACACAAGUCCGCACAGCGACGAGCUCGUCUACAACUUCGGCUCCUGGGCCGGCGCGAAGAAGCGUUACCAUUGCCAACGAUACUGGCCGUGUGCCCUGGUCGGAACUAUCAUGGCGUGAGAGGGGCGCCCGUACAACACAACAAUCAGCGAACCUCGCCGUCAUCGUCUUGGGUUUGGUUAUGACCGGUGGCGUUGCGACAGUCCUCUAUCUCGAAGUCUUCAGCAGCGACAGCAAGACCGCCGUUUACAACCGCGCAUUCGAACGCAUACGAACAGAUCCCAAGUGCAUCGAGGUACUAGCAGGAAGAGGCAAGGGCGGAGAGAUUGAGGCUUGGGGAGAGAACAGAGUGCGCAACAGUCGCUUUGCAAGAGACACCAUUUCGUCGAAAUCUGAAACCGACGGCAUCGGAACAACACACAUGCGCAUGCACUUUCAUGUUGGGGGCUCGCUGGCCACAGGCACUGUCAACGUGCACAUGACCAAACGCCGCGACGAAAGCGAUUUCAAGUACCAUCACCUAGCCCUCGACGUUCCCGGCCACGAACGCAUCUGGCUCGAGAAUGCAGAAGCCUGGAAACUCGACAAAAGGAGCUCGGGCAAGAUGUUUGGCGUACGCUGGUGGUGA